AAAUCUGUUCUAACGUUCUUUCGUUUCCGCAGACCGGACGAGAAGAAGCACCGGACGGAGUUCGACAUCUAUCCGGACCUCGGGGUUCCUCUGCGAGUGAAGCUCCGCAUGCAGAUGAACGUGAUGCUGGACCGCAGCCAGGCUCUUGAGCGCGCCCGCCACUUCGACGUGGUCCUCCCCAUCUUCUGGUUCGAGGUGGGCGUGGACUCGCUGCCUGGCGAGGUGGUGGGACUCCUCAAGCUGGCGCAGAACUUGCCUCCCGUCGUCAAGACUACGAGCGUCACGCUGUGCACGGCCCUCACCCUCAUCUUCCUGAUGCUGCUUCUGGCGCAGACGGUGGCGGCGUGGUGCGGCUGGGGCUCUUCGGGGGCCAGCAAGCGCCCCCACACGCCCGAGCACCUCCCGGCCCACCACCACUACCGGACGUCGACGCCGCCGUGGGACUUCGAGGACAUGCACAAGCCCAGAAACGGCUCCCCGAACGGCUACAAGGAGCCGCUGGCCACCGGCCUUCCUCAGCCCGGCAUAGACAUCCCGAUCAUCGACGACCACACCCUGCUCCCCCCCUACCGCCGGCGGGACACGUCCGACUCGGCGAACGCCUCGGCGCCGCCCGACGAGGACGACGACGACCACGACCACGACCACGUUGACGGCGACCAGGUCCCUCCGCCAUACAGCCCGGGGCCGCAGCAGCGCACGCCGUCCACGGUGUCCGUCGAGAUCCACACGACGGCCUCCGACGACGACCUCCCCGACCUCCCUGUGGACCCUCCGCUGAUGCACACGGUGCCCUUGGACCAGUGUCCGCCCGAGUACGACGAGGCGACGGAGGACCUCCCCCCUCCUGAGGACCUCGACGAGCCCCAGAAGGUGACGCCGUCCACGCCUCCGCCGCAGCCGGGCGAGGCCGUCGUGGCGCCCUUGGCACGUAUCGACGAGACGCGCAUCGACAGCAGCUCGGGGCCGUCCAACCCGCCGACGCCUCCCCAGCGGCCCCCGAGGUCUCCCAAAUCGCCGAGACGACAGUCACCGUCUCGCUCGACGCCCUCGCCGAGGCCGACGGCGCCGCUGGCGACCUCGAGUCCGCACGGGUCCAACGGUGUUAGUGCUAGUCGGAGCGAUCUGCCGCCGCCCCUCGAGUCGGACUUAUGAGGGGCGUGGACAGUAAUUCCCUUUUCUCUUAUCAUUUUCAGUUAUCGCCAUUGGCCGGGCACAGACUGCGCUAGAGUGUGCACGUUGCCUGGUCGAUAGAAAGCUUACACAAUUGAAGAAAAGCUUAGAUAGCAAUUAAGUGCUUUCCUGCCAUAAGUAUUCAUUAUUCGCUGUGAUCUUACAACAUGACAAUCAUUCGUCCUGCGUUUGCGCCGAGGACCCCCUCUCCUUAGGAUUCAGUCAAGUUGCUCACACAGUUGCCAUACUGUUGUUCAUAGGCAUUAUCAACUGCGGUUCCAUGUCAUUCCUGACCUACGGGUUUCUCUCUGUGUAUUAUUAUUCUGGCCAAGUGCAACAAAGAGGACCAUUCGUACUGUGGCUUCCGGCUGUAGGCUAUUUCCGUGAAAGGGGAAUGAGCUGUUAAUGCAGGACGAUGUCUGUGGCACCAGCUUGAUUUUUUUUUUUCUCUUUUUUUUUUGGAAAUUUUCUGUCGAGUAUUUUUUUUUUCCAAAACGAAAGACAUGUUUUCAUUCACCUUUUCCCACUACCUUUGAUCUCAUUCUUUGUUCAUCCAUGUGUAAUGAGGAAUUUCUCUCUCUCUCUCUCUCUCUCUCUCUCUCUCUCUCUCUCUCUCUCUCUCUCUCUCUCUCUCUCUCUCUCUCUCUGUUAUUCCAUCUCAUCUGAUCACAUUUUAGUUUGAACAUUCUUUUCCUAUCAUUUCUAAAGGUUGUGCUUCAGAUUUUUAUUAAUCUUUUCUUUAAGUUCAGUAAAAACUGUAAAUAGAAAAAAAAACGACAGCGUGGCUUCAGAUCAAAGAUUUUUUUAAGCGAAGUCAUUAGAAGGUGUAAAGGGCAUUCACACAAAUUUGACAUAUCAUACUCGACCGGUAUGAUUUACAUAAUAUUAAUAGCAAGAACUUCCAAGACUGAAUGUAUUUAAGUAUGUUCACGAACAUAGAAUAGGAGUCUAAUAGAGGAAGAAGAAGAAUGAAAAAAGUCACAAUUAUAUAAAAAAAAUGAAUAAAUAAACAGUAUUUGUGAAUAAGAUAUGUAUAUUCUUGCUCACGUAUUGAAACCUUUGAUGGUUCCUGCAAUAUCCAGUCAUGUGUCUUUCAUAUCUCUCUUAUCCUGAUUGCGUCAUCCUAUCCUGCAACAGCUGUCAUAGGAUCGGCCAGUGUAUCCUAACAAUCCUUUUAUAGGAAUGAAUGCGUUUUUUUUUUUUGGUAGAUUUAUAAACGAAUAUCUACUGUGGAGAGAGAUAUUUUGCCGAGGUUUUAUUGUCGUUUAUAUAUGUAAGAUUUUUUUUGUGAUGGUGUUAUGUUGUGAUAGGGAGAGUGUGAGGCAUCUUUUUAACACGUGGAAGUGAGAUGUGAAAUAUUUAGGAAUUUGUGAAGAACGAUUAACAAGAAUGACUUAUUUCCUAUCCUCCCGAUUUUAAAAAGAAAAAUGAUCGUGUACAUUUCUCAAUUUACCCUUCCUUUCAUGAAUGAACGUUGAAAACUAAUGACGUGUACAAUUGGCAUCACUGUAUCCCUCCAUGAAAUUCCAUAGGCCUAUACAGUAUUAUGUUCCUGAUUAUCCAUCUUGAAACGCCUAGUAUCCUCAGCUGUUUUAUAGUCUACAUUUUUUCUCUAGUACACAUUGUAGUUUAACGCUUUCGCCAUGUUUUUUUUCCUUAUUUUUUCAUGUAGGAUGUGAUCUUCAUUUCAUAAUAUUUCUCCGUCUGUAGGAAUUGCUUACAAAAAAAAAAUAGCCUAUGUGAUUUCAUUACCUUUUUUUGUAAUCAACGACCAAUGAUUUUUAUAUUUAUAUCAUAGUCUGCUUUAACAGUAUCUUUGUAUGUCAUAUUCUCCAGUAUUUUAGUGCUAUACAAUGCACACCAUACAACCAAGGGACACAUAUCACCAGGUUAUACCAUAUAGCAUACAUUUUGCUUCAUAUAUGUAUCAUGUUUAUAUUAUUUAAUCUACGUUGGUGAGUCAUUUGUGCCUUAUCUCUUGUAAGGAUAACUGUUAUAUAUAUUUUUGAUAACUGGAAUAUAACUGUCUUAUUGUUUGUGUAUAAAAGUGAACUUUGUU